CGCCAUGGCAGCUGAUGCUCUUUGCAGCACUUGACGUUUAAUCAGAACAUGUCAUUUUGCAAAUUUCAUUUUCACAAAUGGCAGACUCCUUUUUCGGUUUCGAUACCACGCUCGGAGAUAACAGCUUAGAGGAUGGAUUAGAUUGUCCAUUAGAGGAAGAUGAAGAAGAAGAGUAUGAUGCACUGAAUGAUGAAACAUUUGGGCCUGAUGCUGCUAUUGGUGACUGGGAGGAAGAUCAUGAAAAGCUUGCUGAAAUUACGGAAUCAAGUCGCCCACAUAAUCAGACGGCAACAAAUAAAAAAAAUAUUUCUAACAUAGACAUUGAGGAUAAUUUGUCACAUUUGGUAUUGGAUAAAGAAGGGAUAGUCCCACGACCUGGUGUAUGGAGUAGUCCAUUGAAUCUAUCUCUUCCAAAAACUCAGCCACGAUUAUCUUUGCCAACCUUGAAAAAUGCCUGUACAGUGGAAGAGUUGGAAAGAGGGCUUAUUGCGAAUAGGCCACCUCCAGGUCUCAGCAAACCACAAACGCAACAACAGCAGAAAAAAUCUGAAGGAUCACUUCUCUUUGAAGCUCUAUCUUUAAAUGAGAAACUUCAGGUCAAUGGGGUACCUCCAACACGCUUUCCACCAGGACUGGGCCUACCUGGGGCGGCGCAUUCCAUGGUUAUGUCCAAUUUCAGACUACCACAUCCCCAAUUUAUUACACCUCAUCGAUUAUUACUUAAUCAAUCUGGGAAUGUGUUUCGUUAUCCUCUACCACCGCAUUUAAUGUUGCCACAUGUACCGAGACAAGCUCUUCAUGGCAAUUAUCCUGGUUUUCCUCAACCACCACAUGCUGUAGGAGGUCCACAGUUCCUUCGACCAGAUCACAUGAUGCCUGCAUUUCCUAAUAAUCAAAACAACCAUCAACAACACCAACAACAUUCUUACUCACAUUCGGGAAAUCAGAGAAACCAAAAUAGACCUUAUUAUCAUAAUGAACAACAAACCGGACAUCAACCGUUUUUUAAAAAUAAUCAAUAUCCUCAUCGCAUUCAUGACAGAAAUAAUCAAAGACAUCAUCAUCAUCAACACUACGCUCAGAGUGUUAAUGGUAAUGCCUCAGGAGAUUAUGAACCUCCAGGAAAACUUGCUAUAAAACCUCACGAGAAACAAUGGUUGAUUAAUAUUCAACUGUUACAACUUAAUACAAUUCAACCAUAUGUUGAUGAUCACUAUUAUAUUGUAUUCUGUGAUAAGCGGAAUAAGCAAAACACAAGUCAAGACCAAAAAGAUAGAAAACACCAUAAUAACAAUGGAUACCAUAAGGAUCACAAAGACUGGGAGCCAACGCCUCAAGCCGCUUCCAGAUCAGCAUAUACACCAGCCCAAUUUGAGAACUCAUUAGGCAAACUACAUUGCAGCAGUGUAACGGCACCACGCAAACUUAUUGAUAUGGAUGUUGUAUCAAAUAAUGAUUCUCAAUCUACUCCUCAGUCGCAACAAAAGGAUACUAAAAAAACACGACAACUGCUACUUGAAAUUGAAAGGCUAUAUACAUUAUUAUUUAAACUGGAAGAUCUGAGCAAUCCUCUUGCUGCAAUUCCGGAACCGCAACAGCAACAAGAAGGAGAGAAUGAAACAAAUACAAAUAAAACUAUACCAGAAUUAAUUAGCAUGAUAUUAUCAUGUCUGCAACAAUUGAUACAAGAUGAUAAAUUAGCUAAUAUGCUAAGCAUUCGAAAAGGAAAGACGUUAUUACUACGUUUUUUACCUCAUCUAAAUGUGACAGAAUAUAAUAAGCAGUUAAAAAAACUGUGGACUGCGAUAUUUAAAGGAUUAGCCGUGAUAGGCCGUAGAGAUUGCCAUUUAUUAACAGAUCUUUAUUCCGAUUUUCGAAGAUGGCUCAAUGACGUAAAAGAUUUUGAUACUAUACUGCAAUUAGUAAGAGCACUGUCUGACUCAGCUACUCAGCCUGUGAAGAACAACAGUUUGGCUUUUGCUGUUAUGAAUAAGUUUGGUAUAUCCGCAAUAACGGCAAUGUUUGAACAAGCAGAACAAUUAUGCGCUACAGACGAUUCCCUGCCUUCUGAGUGGUCAGCUUUUGUAAUAACGAUAGCUGAGAUUAUCGAUUCCUUAUCCUGUGCUACACCUUGUCAACCAAUUGCUACAAAUACGCUCAAUAAGCAUCUGAAUCGGAUUUCCAGUUUGAAGAUAGAAAGGUAUACCAUGCUAGCGCGCUUGUUGACUGAUGCCAAUACUUUACGAUAGUCUAAUGUUACACUAGACACUAGACACAGUUACAUCUGACAGUUUUUUUUAAUUUGUCUUUUUUUAAUGUACGAAAAAUAAAUUAUACAAAAAAAUGAUA